AUGAUGUGGCUUGUUCAACUAGUCAAGGGCAUCCUCUCGACCGCUGCCGGCAUCCUGGCUCCGUAUGUCUCCUCCAUCUAUGCCAUCUACUCUCCGAUGCCCACUGCCAGCAUCUUGAGCAGUGUGGUCGGCGGCGUCAUUAAUCUCACUGCAGCCAAAAUCCUCUUACCAUUGAAUUUAUGGCCACUGGCAGCCAUUGUUUUGCCCAAGAAAACCUUCAUGCCGGUGUCAAAGAGGUCGAGGCUAUCGCCACCGUUUGGACCAACUUCGCUCAUUCCCUAUGUCACAUCCGCCUUUAUGUUGCACUCCCUCACAGCCACAAUCACCAUCCUCAGCAGUGUUAUUAAAGGAGUCUGCAACUUGGCCAUUGCGAAGAUACUCGGCAUCUCUGGACAACCUCACGCUUAUGCAUUCGCCCUUCUGAUCACGACUGUGGGCCUUAUCAUGAUGGCGGCAACCGAUCAUGUGGAAAUGUACGCGGCUGCUCAAGUGUUCUGGACUGUUGGGAACAAUUCCCUUCUCUGUAUUGUGGGCAUAUUUAUCGCCGAUACGACAGCCCAAUCGAUAACGCAUCUCUUCCUCUCGCCGUCGACGGCGAAGAAUGAGAUUCCUGCAUUGCUGCGUCAGACGAGUUCAACUACAUCUACAGAACAUGGGAACUCCCCCGCUGCGAUCAUUAUGGGCGGCGGAUAUACGGAUACCGAUUUAGACGAGAUCCGCGCGGCCAGUCGGGGACCGGAUGCCAAAGCAGUCGCCUGGCUGAAGGUCGAUCCGCAGAAAACGCCGUCGUCGCUUCCGGUGGGUCCGGAGUAUGCCCGGGCCGUGGCGCAGCGGACGAAAGAUCGGUUGGAUGAGUUGGUCCGGAAUGGGGGCAUUCAUAAGGAUGAGGUGCAUUUUAUCUAG